UUUUUCGUUUACUCUACAACGAUAAAUAAUGUGUUUCUAUUCAACAUGUAGCAGAUAAAAAAUUUGUUUUUAGUUUAUCGUCACCUUAUAUCGAUAGAUUAAGUUUAAUUACUGAUGCCAUAAUUAACAAAACAAAAAAUAAUAAUAAUAAUAAGUUAAAAAAUACACAUUUUUGCAAUAAAGAGAGUCAAGGGAUAUAAAGUUUGAAAAAUUUCAUCAAUGUUGAGCAGGUGUGAGGCACAAAGAAUGACGAUUUUGUUGUGCUGUUUGCGUUUCAACUGAAAAAAAAGUUUUAUUGAAUAGUGAAAAAGCAAUUUGAUUAGAAAAGUGGCAAGAAUGUAUAAAGUGUAAGAAGUGCAUUAAGGCGUACCAAGUUAUUAAGGCUAUUUAAAGAAAAAAAAAAUAAAUUCUUCCUCUCUUUGAAUAAAAAGAGUAUAUAAGAGGUCCAGUCAGUGAGCCAGCACACAAGCGUAAUAAUAAGAAAAAAAUAUAUAUAUCCAGCAGAUACAUGAAAAACCUGUUUCUAUACCUCGUAAGGUCUCUCGCGUAGUAUUAAACGUUUUUUUUUUCUUCUUUCAUUCUUCUGGUCUUAAAUAAUCGAAAGCACCAACAAGAAUAUCAACAACAACAAACUCGCGGAAUGAAAUGAGACAAAAGGAAUUCUUUUUUGUGUAAAGCGAGCAUCCAUGAUAUUGAAGAAGAGUUAUAACAUUAUUCACGGUGUGUUUUUUUUUAUAACGAACUUUUUUAUGACGAUUAUUUGCUGCUGUUACUCCUUCCUUACACAUUUUUUUUUAAAAAAAGAACUAUAUCGUGGUCGUCUGUGUGUAUGUACAAUUGAGGUAACUUAGCAGCACAAAAAACUAUCAACAAACAUUCAAUACAUUUAAUUCUCAUUUCUUUCCUUAAUAUUUGUUUGUUUGUGCUAUUUCUUGAUAUUAAGUACGACGUGACACUGAAUGUACAAAGUGAAUUUUAUGUUUAAAGCAACAAAACAGCAGCAUUAGUCCUUCUCAAUGUCAUUAAAAGUGAGCUGUUACAUAAAAUGUGUAUGAGUGAUUUAUACAAAAAAAUAAAAUAAAAUAAAGAAGGACAGAGAGCAUAUUAGUCUGCUGAUAAGGCAGGCAGUGAAGAAAGGAAAUUAAUAAAUUAUUUUAAUAAUGAAAGUAACAGUUUGUUUUGGUGCUGUUCGUGUCGUUGUCCCUUGUGGAAAUGGCGACUUAUUGGUUCGCGAUCUCAUCAUAGAAUCGAUUCGUCGUUACAAAAAAGCUACAGGAAAGAGAAAUAAAGAUUAUAGGGGGUUUAUAGGUUACAGGUGUGUUGAACUCCACUUCGUUGCACUUCGUUACAGUAGGUUUAUAGGUUACAGGUGUGUUGAACUUCACUUCGUUGCACUUCGUUACGUUCAACUGUUUAUAGAUCACAGGAGGUUUAUAGGUUACAGGUGUGUUGAACUUCACUUCGUUGCACUUCGUUACGUUCAACUGUUUAUAGAUUUCAGUAGGUUUAUAGGUUACAGGUGUGUUGAACUUCACUUCGCUGCACUUCGUUACGUUCAACUGUUUAUAGAUUACAGUAGGUUUAUAGGUUACAGGUGUGUUGAACUUCACUUCGUUGCACUUCGUUACGUUCAACUGUUUAUAGAUCACAGUAGGUUUAUAGGUUACAGGUGUGUUGAACUUCACUUCGUUGCACUUCGUUACGUUCAACUGUUUAUAGAUUACAGUAGGUUUAUAGGUUACAGGUGUGUUGAACUUCACUUCGCUGCACUUCGUUACGUUCAACUGUUUAUAGAUUACAGUAGGUUUAUAGAUUACAGUAGGUUUAUAGGUUACAGGUGUGUUGAACUUCACUUCGUUGCACUUCAUUACAGUAGGUUUAUAGGUUACAGGUGUGUUGAACUUCACUUCGUUGCGUUCAACUGUUUAUAA